AUUUUAAUGUGUACGGUAUUAUUUUGGAAGAAAAAUUAGUGAGGGAGUAGCCGAACUCAGACGUCAUCCCGAUUCCCGACCAAUCAAAAUGUAGGAAAAGCGCAAAUUGACGUGGUGAGACUUUCAGAAGAGGAACGAUGAAGCAGGCAAAGUCAGUCGUCUGGGAUGCCAAGUUGACAAUAACUAUGAAAUCUCUGCGCGCGCCAAAUCGCUAUUCACACCAGAAUCUUCUUGCACGUUACUCAAUAAUAAUUCUUCCAUAUUACGGAGUCAAAAAAGAUGAUCUCGUUUCAAUUGUAAAUCCAAUCGCAGAGUUUCAACUUUAAACGGAAGAGCAGAGGUGCUAUGGCUACGUCGUCGUUGUUUACCGGCGAGAGAGCCGUGCUGGUGAUCUUCGUGGCUCGGAUUAUCUAUUUGGCCCCGUUUUCUAUCCUUUACGAAUCUAUCUGUCUUGCUAUCCUCUCUAUCCUCGCCAUCUCUGUCGAGAUAUCUGCCGACAACCACUCCAGUCUUCUAUCCCAAACAUUCAAAACCAGGCCUGGAGCCUCAUCAGGAAUUUUUCUGGGGGCAGUAACACUGCCUGGGCUUAUGGUUUCAAAGUUGAUUCAAUUGUCAAGAGCUCUGCCAUUUGGAGAAGUUGGAGUUGAAGAGCUGGAAUAUCUUCAAGUACAGUACUGGGUCACCUCUGCUAUUUGCUUCAGUGUGGUUGUUUUCCUCUUUCUUGUCCUUUUCCGUCAAUCAUGCUUCAGCCAUUAUAUCAGUUCUUCAUGGAUCAUAAGCUGCAUAUGUUUUUACAUAGGAAUAUGCUGUGUCUGUUGUUAUCAGCCAUCCCAUGGAGGGUGGAAUGCUGCAAUUUUGUUGUCAUGGCUCUCUUUUCAUGGUCUAGCAGCUGUAAAACUAAUUAUGCAUAUCCUCAAAACUUUUCCGGCAUGCGCUUCCAUUGGAGAGGCACUGUUGGUAACAUCUGGUCUUGUUGCCUACCUUGGAGACGCGUUUGUGUAUACUGCUUCUAAGACCCAUAGAUACCUUCCCUUAUCAACUACUGUUGAAAUACAUUAUAUAUCAAGAAGUGAGACCAGCACCAUUAUUCAGGGAAUGACGAUUGGUCUGCUUGUUCUUCCCAUUUUUUCAAAAUCUAUUCUUCAAGUUUUGGAACACUUGACGUUCUUUCCAUAUCCUGGAGUAAGAGCAGAUAGUGGAACCCGGAGAUCUUUUGUGUUCUAUGUUUCAUCGGCAAUAUUUUUGGUUGGGGUUGUCCCAUCAUGGAUGGAAGUCGUUCAAAAUUUUCAGAUGCACCCCUUUUUAUGGGUAUUCAACUUUGUCUUCUCUGAACCAUCAAAGAGUCUCUCUUUAUGCAUAUAUUGGUUGGUUCUUAUAUGUGCAUCAGUUGUGCGGUUUUACAAGAUUUCUAAACAGAGUAAGCUUGAAAGAAUUCUUCUUCGGAAGUAUUACCAUCUGUUGGCAGUGUUGAUGUUUAUUCCAGCAUUAAUAUUUCAGCCAAGAUUUCUUGAUCUGGCAUUUGGUGUAGCUUUUGCUGUUUUUAUGUUGGUAGAAAUUAUUCGAGUUUGGAGAGUUUGGCCAUUGGGGCAGCUUGUGCACCAAUUUAUGAAUGCCUUUACUGACCACCGUGACUCUGAUCUUCUUAUUGUGAGCCAUUUUUCACUGUUACUGGGAUGUGCGCUUCCAAUCUGGUUGUCUUCUGGCUUCAAUGAUCGACCACUCGCCCCUUUUGCAGGGAUCUUAAGUCUUGGAAUUGGAGAUACAAUGGCUUCAUUGGUUGGCCACAAGUAUGGAGUUCUACGUUGGAGUAAAACUGGCAAGAAAACCAUUGAAGGAACUGCUGCUGGUAUAACUUCUGUGUUAGCUGCAUGCUCAGUUCUACUUCCACUACUUGCGACUACGGGCUACCUCUUGUCUAAGAAUUUGUUCUCCCUCAUUUUGGCUGUGACGCUUAGUGGUCUAUUAGAGGCCUACACAGCUCAACUUGACAAUGCCUUCAUACCCUUAAUGUUCUACAGCCUCUUGUGUCUUUGAGUCCAUCUUUGUGUCUUAAGGCAUUCAGAUCCAUUCAACGCACUGAAGCCCUCUUUUGCAAAUACAUCUGACAUCUAGUUACUAGGACCUGUAACUUUAUUCAUUUUAGAUGGCAUUUUUUGCAGGAUUACGAUAUAGAAUUAGGGGGAAGUGAUUGUAAAUAGAUAUGCGAAUGGUAAUUUUUUAAAGAUGUAUACGCAGGGUGCAUUUUCACAUUUACAUAAUCAUGAACCAUAUAUGCCUAUAUGCAGUAAAGUUGCCC